AUUUCUGUUCAUGACGUAAACUAUAAAUCAGUGACCACUAACGUCCAUUAGGGUGAUAUUUGUUUGAUGUUGAAUUAGGUUGUGAAAGAAAAAUACUGAACUAAAAUGUCUUACGCAUAUCUCUUUAAGUAUAUAAUUAUUGGAGAUACAGGUGUGGGAAAAUCCUGCCUUCUUCUCCAGUUUACAGAUAAGAGAUUUCAACCUGUUCAUGAUUUAACUAUUGGUGUGGAAUUUGGAGCCAGGAUGAUCACCAUUGAUGGAAAGCAGAUUAAGUUACAGAUCUGGGACACUGCUGGUCAGGAAGCAUUCCGAUCCAUUACUCGUUCAUACUACAGGGGUGCAGCAGGUGCUCUACUUGUGUAUGACAUUACAAGGCGAGACACUUUCAAUCACCUAACUACAUGGUUAGAAGAUGCUCGCCAACACUCAAACUCCAACAUGGUCAUAAUGCUCAUUGGAAACAAAAAUGACUUAGAAUCAAGAAGAGAGGUCAAAAAAGAAGAAGGAGAAGCAUUUGCCAGGGAACAUGGAUUAAUUUUCAUGGAAACAUCUGCUAAAACUGCGGCUAAUGUUGAAGAGGCUUUUAUCAAUACUGCUAAAGAAAUUUAUGAGAAAAUUCAAGAAGGAGUUUUUGAUAUAAAUAAUGAGGCUAAUGGGAUAAAGAUUGGUCCUCAACACUUACCAACAAAUUCUAACCUGCCAUCUGGUGGACAAUAUUCCAGUUCCAAUCAGGGUGGAGGAUGCUGUUGAGAUGCAUAAGUAGCUACAGUAACAAAAUAAUGUUGAGACUUGAUGUAUUUGUAACUUAAGUGUUGUUAACAAUUUUUAGUUUCCAUUUUGUAUUAUCCUCAUGUAUUCUUCUGAAUCUAGUAUCUUUUUUUUUAUUCUUCAAUAUUUUUUUCAUCCUCAGCCUUUUCUAGCUUUUAUUUGUUUUUCAAGUAGUACUACAACACUCCAAAUCAUGAUAAUUUGUUCUUUUUCAAUGCAAACAAAGUUCUGGUUUAUUAUUUUUGGGUAUAACUCCUUGAAAAUAUUUAUAAUUAGACUACAGCUUAAGGAGUUAUUUUCUAAAUUCAAACUUGAAAAUAUAUUUAAAGUUAAAAUUGGUUAUUUAGUUUAAAUGGUGUUCCUUUCAACUUUUGUUCGUCUUUUUUUUACGUUACUUUAUGUAACGAUAUGUGAGGCUUUUGUGCUCCUUUUAGAGGAAUUGUUUUUCAUGAACAUGUACAUUUCUACCAGUCUGUAAAGAGGUGUCUUUGAUUGGUUUUAUGACAACUUAGCACUUAAAAACAAUUUGAUGUAAAAAGACAAGCUUGUGAAUUGAUACAAUAAUUUUGUUUGUUUUGUACUAUCCUCUCUUAUAUUUAUCUGUGUUUUAUUUAAUCAUCUACAUUAAUGACAUAGACUAGACUUAGAAAUUAUUUCCUAAAUGUUUUUUUACACACUCCAUAGUUUUAGUUUUUGUAAAAUAUUUCUUUUUGUGGAUAAAGCACAACUACAGUAAAGCAGUUUGGAAGCAUCUGUAGUGUAUGUGUGAAAAGAAAUGUGAAUUAUCUAUAGAAGCUUUGAUUUUCUGAACCUGCAAAAGGGAUUUCAUCACGUUUUUUUUUUAACUUUCUGUAUAAAAAUUUCAAUUUAAAGUAUAAGAUUUUUCUCUUGAAUAUAAUAAUAAUCUGUGAGUGCCUGUAGUUUAAUAUUGUCCAACUAUCUCAGAAAAAUUUUAUAAAAAAAUAUCACAUAAUAUUAAUAGGCUAGAUAACUUAAGGUAUGCUUGUAUGUUUCUAGCUCAGAUAAGAGUAUAUUUUGCAUUACUGGAGUAGCUGAUAGCAAUUAUGUCCUAACAACUAGUAUUUGGGAAAGCACAUAUAAGUAACAUGUUUUGUUUUGGUUUAUUAACUAGAUCUCCAAUGUUUUUAUAGUGAGGUUGCAUGUUUUUGAAUUAGUGGCCUAUUUAAUUUUUGCUGUUAAAUCAUUAUUGACUGAAUGAAGAGUGUUUUCAUGUCAUAGUCACUAUUAAGUUUGCAGAAUAUAUAGCAUGAGCAACAUUACAAGUUUAACUUCAAAAUGUUCAGGAAAAACUUGAGGUAGUUUUGUAUUUUUAUCGCUGCUGUUUUGUACUAUGUUAAAAAUUUCAGUUUUUUUAUACAAAUAUAUAGUAAUAAAAACCUGAAUUGCAGACUUCAUAAAUAUUUAAUUUUCCUUUUUUGUAAUUAAUCUUGAAAUUUUUCAAACAUUGUAGCACACGUGAAAUGAUAACUUCAUGACAGAAGUGUAUGGUUCAUAUAAAAAUAAUUGAGUGUAGUAUUGUCUUAUUUAAUACUCUGAUAGUAAUUAAUAACAAAGUAUUCUCUAGUGAUUAUUAAUCAGCAAUUUUAUGAAACUGGUGUAUACCUGCAUAGAGACAUUUUCUUGCAUAAUAGAACUUCUCUGUGCUUAUUUUGCUCUGUACUUCAAUAAAUAUUUCUUUUAUAACUAGAAUUAUGUUAGAUAACUGCCCUUUUUUUAAUAAAAAGUUUUAGAUUUUUUGUUAUGGUAAUUCACAAAAGUAUGUAACAUUUUUAAAUAUUUAAUUGGUAAUUGAAAUUUAUAAAAUGGUUGAACCAUGUUAUUUCUUAGCUUGUUAAAACUUCAAGACUAGCAGAAAAAUUAUAUUAGUAUUGUGAGCUUAAAGAUCGAAGGGAAAACUUUAAUUUGAAGAUAUUUGGAGUCAAGUCUCUGUUUCUUGUCGUGUAUUAAAUAACCUAUAUACAGUAUUGUCACUUCUUUAUAAAUCAUAAAACUUAAUAAAAAUUACUUGAUCAAUUAACUUGUGCUUGCUUUAAAGUUAUGAAAAAAUAACCAAGUAUACUUUACAAUAAAUUAACUAUACUAAUUACAACAUAACAUUAGUUCUGAAACAAAGAUUCCUCAAUCUAAAUUCAUGUUGUGUUUAUGUUAGUAUAUCUUAAAUUGACUUGUGUAAAUUGUUUUUUAGCAGUGGUAAAGGUUAAGUGGGUUUAUUGAAUGCUUCUCAAACACACACUUACAAUGGAACUUGAUUUGUAUCAAUACCUCCCAUCAUUAAAGGAAAAGAGAGAGAAAUUGACCACAUAUUAGAAGUAAAAAGUUUCAUCAUCUAUCUAUGGUUCAUUGCACUUGUAUUCUGAGACAACUGAAAGGUGCAUAUUCACAUGUAGAAUAACUAGAAGUGAUUCAUUUUAUUCUUUAUGUGAUAUAUAUGGGACAGAUGAUGAAAAAUUACAUCAUAUAAUUUAAUUAUGUUCAUAAUGAAACUUUUCUUGGUUUGACAUUCCCAUCAUCUCCCUUAAUUUCAAAAAAUUAAGACAAAUUUACUUAUUUUACCUUAAACAAUUUGUUUCUGCUUUCAUACAAUUGCAAAUUUGAGAAUAUAUAUAUAAAGUUAAAUAACAAAGAAGAGAUAAUUCUGUUAAAAAAUUGUAAAGAGAUAUAAAAUCUUGAUGUAACUCCCAAGAAGUAAAAAAAUUAGAACUAAUAUUUACCAAUUUCAUAAUUAAAUAUUUUUUAAAACAUGAAAUUUUGAUUACAAGGUGUGUAAAAUUGUGAAACUUGACAAUUUUUAAUGUGAGGUAUGAAAUAUAUAAUUAACAGUAAAUUGAUAAAGUUUAGUUUGUGCAAAAGCUUAUUGUAAUAUUGUGAUUUGAAAACACUGAAAUGUAAUUUUUGUAAGAUAGUAAGAAUUAAGUCACAUCUGUAGCUUCAAACAUUCUGGAUUCGAAGACAACUUUUCAAAAGUUUUUUUUCUAGCUUUGACUCCUGUAGCAUUUAUUUUCUUCUACAAUCAAAGAUUUCAGCGAUCUUUGCCAGUGUGGUCGUUCAGUUUCAGCAAAAUUGUGAUUGCAAUACACCUAGUCAGCACAGUACCUUAAAACAACAACUCCUGUUAAAUCUUAAGUGUUUGUGAAUUAAGUAAUGAUAAUAACUGAUUAAAAGGUUCAUUUCAUAUAUCAGUAUUGACAAGUUUAGAAUGUUUAUGCCAAUUUGUGUUCUGUGCUUGAAUUUAAAAGUACUAGAAAAAUAUAUGUACACAUAUAUAAAUGUGUAUAACAUUAAGUGUCCAGAUUUCUUAAAAUUGUAUGUGUCUCAGGUUGUCAUUGUGCAGUCUGAACCAUGUAAAUAUGAUACUGAAAUCUGUAGAAAAGUCAAUAAACAUGUAUACUUACAUGUAUUCUGAUGUAUUAUUUGUAAUGUUUUGUGUCAGUUCUGUUGGGCUGAGUGCAGAUCAUGUUUGCAUUCCAUUACUUUAGUGCCACGAGUGGAAUAUAUAUGUGACAGUAAAAUCCUACUGUUCGAUCAGACAAGGGUAGCCUAACAGUUGGUGAUGGUUGGUAUUGAAUAGAUACCUUCUCUGUAGGCUGUCACUUCAAAAUGAUUGACGACUAGUGCAUGUAGCUGUGAAAAAUGCAGUAAACUUGGUACCUUUACACAAAGUUUCAUGAAAUGCUAAAUGUAAUUUUGCAUCUGUGUUACUGUUUGUUACUUAUAAUUAUAGUUUAUUUUUUCAUCAGAGAAUAUGCUGAUGAUAAAACUUUUGCUUUAAUAUUUAUUUAUUUUUUACUGGGUAAUUUCAUAAAAGUAGAUUAGAGCUGUAAGCAUCGAAAAUGAAAGCUUUUGUACCGUCUUAUUAGAGAAAACUGAAUAUUUGUUUAGAUGUGAUGAAAUAAAAAACGGAUUUAAAGGAA